CUGGGAUCAUUUUCUGCGCUGCGCAGCCUGAAAACUUCUCAACUAUCAAACAGCCAUUUCUGUUUCACUUACUGACAGGGUAGUUUGGGCGAUUUAAUAAAUAAGGACGUUCAGCCAUGGAUGAGGAGUAUGACGUUAUCGUUCUUGGGACCGGGUUAACGGAAUGCAUUCUUUCCGGCAUUAUGUCUGUAAAGGGAAAAAAGGUGUUGCAUAUGGACAGAAACUCGUACUAUGGUGCAGAGAGUGCUUCCAUCACACCACUGGAAGAUUUAUACAAGCGCUUCAGUCUUCCAGGCAAACCUCCAGAGUCCAUGGGAAAAGGUCGGGACUGGAGCGUGGACCUCAUCCCAAAGUUCCUGAUGGCUAAUGGUCAGCUGGUGCGAAUGUUGCUGAUUACUCAGGUAACGCGUUACCUGGACUUCAAGGUGAUUGAGGGCAGCUUUGUCUACAAGAAGGGAUCCAUCUACAAAGUCCCCGUCACUGAGACCGAGGCCUUGGCCUCCAGUUUGAUGGGGAUUUUUGAGAAGAGGCGGUUCAGGAAUUUCUUGAUCUUUGUCGCCAAUUACGACGUGAAUGACCCCAAAACCAUGGAGGGUGUUGACCCCAACAAGUCUACGAUGCGUGAACUGUACAAGAAGUUCAGCCUGGGUCAGGACGUGAUGGACUUUACUGGCCACGCUCUCGCUCUGUAUAGGACAGAUGAUUACCUGGACCAACCCUGCAUCGACACCAUCAACAGGAUCAAGUUGUACAGUGAAUCUCUGGCCAGAUAUGGCAAGAGUCCUUACCUUUACCCCCUCUAUGGCCUGGGGGAGCUGCCACAAGGCUUUGCCCGAUUGAGUGCCAUCUAUGGUGGGACGUACAUGUUGAACAAACCCAUAGAGGAGAUUGUAAUGGAGAAUGGAAAGGUGGUAGGGGUCAAAUCAGAAGGAGAGAUAGCUCGCUGUAAGCAGCUGAUCUGUGACCCCAGCUAUGUCAUGGACCGGGUCAGCAAAGUGGGCCAGGUGGUGCGGAUCAUCUGCAUAAUGAGCCACCCCAUUAAGAACACCGGCGACGUCAACUCCUGCCAAAUCAUCAUCCCACAGAUCCAAGUGAACCGGAAACACGACAUCUACGUGUGUAUGAUCUCCUCUGCUCACAAUGUGGCAGCACAGGGCAAGUACAUUGCCAUCGCGAGCAGUGUGGUGGAGACCAACGACCCAGAGAAGGAGCUCAAACCUGCCCUGGACCUGCUGGAGCCCAUUGAACAGAAGUUUGUGAGCGUCAGUGAUCAGUAUGCCCCAACUGAUAUGGGAAAAGACAGCCAGGUCUUCAUCUCCCGUACGUACGAUGCAACGACCCACUUUGAGACCACCUGUGAUGACAUCAAGGACAUCUACAAGCGCAUGACGGGCUCUGAGUUUGACUUUGCAGAGAUGGAGCGCACAAAGAAUGACAUCUUUGGUGACGCGGGUGACCAGUGAGAGUUAGCUUGUUAGUGUCCGAACUCAAUCUUAACUGGUUUAGAAUCCAAAUGUAUUGUGGAAAUCUGUAUCUAUGACGCUUUGAAAUGUUUGUAGAAUGAAAUUAAAUGUUUAUUACAGCCAGGCGAACAAUUUGGUGGCUGCAUUUAUAGGCUGAUUUCUGAGAGUUUAAGAAUGAUCAUAUUUCUGUACCAUCAUGAAGGUUUCUUCACAUUCUUAUGAAUGAGAAUGUCGCCAAAGAAUUGGUUUUAUUCAGGGGUUUAUACAUAAACAAUAUAACUUGUAUUUUUACUUUAAGGCACUAGUCUGUGUUUAAGUGAAAUAAAGACUUAUUUUAUCUGCGA